GGAUGGCGCGCCCCCUCGAAUUCCUGAUAUGGAAGACAAUGGAUCAGGAUGAAGCUCCGGACCAUCUCAACGAGGCUAUAAGGCAGUCAAGCUGGAGAGCAAUUCGCACUUCCCACUCGUCGUUAUUUUCACAAUAACACGAUUACCCCUCCCCUCAGAUAUUCCCAUCUCUGUUCUUUGUUUUAUUUGUUCGAUCUGAUAAUCUGUCAUGCCUCCUUCACGCACGCACGAUGAACCAUAUCAAGUAGAUACGCACUAUUCAUUCCCGACGUUGGCCAUCAUCGCGCCAACGCCCAGAGCAUUCACGUUUCCUGUUUCCCAUACUCUCGACGCAUCUCCGUACUCCACACCUGUUCAUUCUCCUUUCGAGCCCGACCUCUCCUCGUUUAACAUCACUUCCCCAGCGCCAUCAUGUUAUCAGGCAACCCCACCGCUUUCACGAACACUAUCUCCCAAUUCUUCGGUAUCUUCUGUAUCAAUACCAUCAGUAUCUGCAGGCAGCAAGUCGGCAACCCUCGACGCUCAGCGUAGACCUCGGAAGGGUGAUGAUGACUAUAUCAAACGCCCGGAGAACUCUUUUAUCCUCUUCCGAAGCCAGUGCGCCGAGGGUCGUCAGCAGGCGGAGGAGGAUGCCUCCCGCCACGGUUGCAAAAAGCAACGCCAGGCGGAUCUGUCAAAAAGUAUCAGCCAACAAUGGAAAGCCCUCUCUGCUGAGGAGCGACGGUAUUGGGAGGACUUGGCAAAGGAAAAGAAGCGGAUACAUCAGGAGAAAUAUCCCGGUUACGUCUAUCGACCGAAUCGUGUUCGGGAUCAGCACGGAAAGGCUAGGAACAAGAAGUAUACAAGGCGCAGAGCGGCGGAUACUGGGAAGAAAGCCGACACAGGCAGCUUAACAACUUAUGUGGUCCCCCCUCCCCAGGUCAUCGCUCGUUCGAAUUCUGCCCCUACCCCGCCGCCUCCGUCUUAUCAGACUAUCCACAUCCCAAACGUCCUUCCUUCAUACCCUUCUUCUUCUUCUUCUUCCCUCCUUCCUAUGAUCAGUCGACGGGCUGGUUACACCGGGAACGAGGACGAUAUCAUGGCGAAUUUUGAUUUUUGCCCAAGUAAUCUUCCAGGGCCUUCUUACGGACAUCCUGAUCAUGAAGCGGGGCUUCAGACAUCCGUAUUGUUCGAUUUUCCGGCGCAUGGUCCGAUAUCAAACGGAAGUGGAGCCACCGCACAACUUCAGCCUCCGACUCUCAACAUAGAUCCUGUAUCUGCCUCAUCUUCUGUAGCCUCCUCACCGAUUUCCGGACCAUUCACGCCUGCCUCGACAAUCUCGAGCUACUACGUUCCAUCAAGUUUCGAUCAAUUCGUUGCACCUCCUCGUCCCGAUACUUGGGACCUACAACAGCAGAUCCCUACCAAUUUCGAUAUCCAGACGGGUGUUCCUAUAGCACACGAGAUGAACAAUUCCUUCUAUCCGUGGGAUCCCAACACGAUAUGGCAAACAGAGCCGAGCAUGCUCUUGCAGAACGACUUUAAUCUUGAAGUCAUUCCACCCAUCGAGAUGAAGAAUCCCCAAUAUCCCGACUCCGCUCGAUUCGUAGGACUUCCUGGUGAAAACAUCGCAGGGGCUGGUUAUUGGUCUGAGUUUGGGGAUUAUUCAGGUGACUCUGAGUUUUGGAAUUCGACGUGAACCAAACGACACUCUUGAGCACUCUUGAAAGUACAACGAUGGAAGAUGUAUCAUUAUACCUUUAAUAUGCAAGCAUGUACAACUUUGUUAUGGC